UCACCAGGGGACAGUCCAGUGGGCUGAUUCCCACUGUGGACCUCCAAGGCUUCGGGCUUCAAAGGCUCCGUGUUGUUAAAGGACGGCAAGAGUCAGCUGACAACUGGUGUCUUAACAAAAUGGCAUCUGUGAACAAGAGCAUUGAUGUGAAAAAAACCAGAGUGAGCAAAAAGCUCCUGGAAGAGAUCAACGAGAAGCGUGAGUCCUACUGUCUGGUGGAGAGGAGCAAUCAAGUCAGCUUCCUGCGGGUCCAGAAGCGUCACUUCAGCCAGGCCUACCAGUCCUUAGCGAGUGCGCAAGUCAAAGAGUCUGUUCCUGAAAGCAGCAGGGCCUCCUGGGUCAAAGGGCCUCUCUUUGUUCACAGGGAGAGAAAGCACUUCACACCCAAAAAUAAUGCCAUAUUUGGAUAA